AUGGGUCGGUGGAGUGCAGCGAUCGUGGCCGCGCAGCUUCUGCUACAACUGUGCACGUACGUGAGAGCCCAGGCUUUAGUGUAUGAUCUGCUGACCUCACCCGACUGCCUGCCUGACCUGCUGCAAGGCGGUCUGGUUGAGCAGGGUAACAAUGAGGCCUUCAUCCUGGCCUCCUUUAAACUGCUGCCAAAGACCGGCACAACCGUGUUCGGCCUGUACAACCCGCAGGACAACAGCAAAUACUUUGAGUUCACCGUGAUGGGCAAGCUCAACAAAGCCGUGUUGCGCUACCUGCGCACCGACAAGAGAACGAGCUCGGUGACCUUCAACAAUCUGGUGCUGGCAGACGGCAACGUCCACAAACUCUUGUUCCACCUGAGGGGUCUUCAGCAGUCAAGUGGUCCGGGUGGGUUGGAGCUGCAUCUGGACUGCAAACUAGUAGAGACGGUGCGGGAUCUUCCCGCCGCCUUCCAGGGUUUGCCGGCCGGCUACGGCACGGUAGAGCUGAAGACCAUGCUGAACAAAGAUCAAGAGGGCUUACAUGAGCUCAAGCUGGUGGUUGGAGACACCUUUGAGAAUGUUGCAUCCUUGCAAGACUGCCAUUUCCAGCAAAGAGACUCUGUGCAAACUCUUGGGGUCAACACCAAGCAACUAUCAAAUCAGAUGAUGGAGUUGACCAAAGUAAUCAACGAGCUGAAAGACAUCCUCAUUCAGCAGGUGAAAGAAACCUCCUUCCUCACCAACACCAUCUCUGAGUGUCAGGCUUGUGGUCUGGGUGGAACCGAUGUGGUGAAGCCGAGGUGCGGCCCGGGCGUGUGUUUCCGCGACGGUUUGUGCAGGGAGACGGCUGACGGUGUGGAGUGCGGGCCCUGUCCUGAUGGCUACACGGGAGACGGCUUCAACUGUGACGACGUUGACGAGUGCCAGUUCAAGCCUUGCUUCCCUGGAGUCAAGUGCGUGAACACGGCGCCUGGUUUCCGCUGCGACGCCUGCCCGCUGGGCUACACCGGCCUACCGCUGGAAGGCGUAGGAGCGCUGUUCGCCCAAACCAACAAACAGGUGUGUGACGACGUCGAUGAAUGCAAAGGCCCAAACAACGGCGGCUGCGCAGCCAAUUCCAUCUGUCACAACUCAGAGGGCUCAUACCACUGUGGCAGCUGCAAGACAGGCUUCACUGGUGACCAGGUGAAAGGCUGCAAGCCUGAGAUCAGCUGUGCUAACAGCCUGACCAACCCCUGUGACGUCAAUGCUCAGUGCGUGGCCGAGAGAGACGGAAGAGUCUCCUGCCAGUGUGGAAUCGGCUGGGCUGGAAAUGGAUUCCUGUGCGGAAAGGACACCGACAUUGAUGGAUAUCCCGAUGAAAAACUCAAGUGCAAGGACCCAUCUUGUAAAAAGGACAACUGCGUCUUUGUUCCAAACUCCGGCCAAGAGGACGCUGACCGGGACGGCCAGGGUGAUGCUUGCGACGAUGAUGCAGACGGCGACGGUAUUCCAAACGAGCAGGACAACUGCUGGUUGAAGCCUAACGUGGACCAGAGGAACAGCGACAAAGACACGCAUGGCGACGCCUGCGACAACUGCCGUCUGGUGGAAAACCCGGACCAAAGGGACACAGAUGGCGACGGCAAAGGCGACGCUUGCGAUGACGACAUGGACGGAGAUGGCCUGAAGAACUUCCUGGACAACUGCCAGCGCAUCCAGAAUCGAGACCAGGCGGACCGUGAUGGUGACGGCGUAGGAGAUGCAUGUGACAGCUGCCCUGACAUUCCAAACCCCAACCAAUCUGAUGUGGACAACGACCUUGUGGGCGACCCUUGUGACACUAACCAGGACAGUGACGGCGACGGCCACCAGGACACUAAGGACAACUGCCCCUUCGUGAUCAACAGCUCGCAACUGGACACCGACAAAGAUGGCGUGGGCGAUGAGUGCGAUGAUGACGACGACAAUGACGGCAUUCCAGACGUCAUUCCACCCGGCCCGGACAACUGCAGGCUGGUUCCCAACCCCGAGCAGACCGACGACAACAACGACGGCGUGGGCGACAUAUGUGAGUCAGACUUCGACCAGGACAAAAUUGUCGACACCAUCGACAACUGCCCUGAAAACGCAGAAGUGACACUGACCGACUUCAGGGCUUUCCAGACAGUGGUGCUGGAUCCUGAGGGCGACGCUCAGAUUGACCCCAACUGGGUGGUUCUCAACCAGGGAAUGGAAAUUGUUCAGACCAUGAACAGUGAUCCGGGUCUGGCUGUAGGUUACACGGCCUUCAGCGGCGUUGACUUUGAGGGAACAUUCCACGUCAACACGGUGACGGACGAUGACUACGCUGGCUUCAUCUUUGGCUACCAGGAUUCGUCGUCCUUCUACGUGGUCAUGUGGAAGCAGACGGAGCAGACGUACUGGCAGGCCACACCAUUCCGGGCUGUGGCCGAGCCCGGCAUUCAACUCAAGGCUGUGAAAUCGCGAUCUGGUCCCGGGGAGCAUCUGAGAAACUCUCUGUGGCACACUGGGGACACCCAAGACCAAGUACGCCUCCUGUGGAAGGACCCCCGCAACGUGGGAUGGAAAGACAAAGUGUCCUACCGCUGGUACCUUCAGCACCGCCCGCAGGUUGGAUACAUAAGGGCUCGCUUCUACGAGGGAACUGAGCUAGUGGCUGACUCGGGCGUGACCAUUGACACCACCAUGAGGGGAGGCAGACUCGGCGUCUUCUGCUUCUCACAGGAAAAUAUCAUCUGGUCCAAUUUGAGAUAUCGCUGUAACGACACCAUCCCUGAGGACUUUGAAGAGUUCAGCACUCAGCACGGCGUCGACUCCCUCUAA